AUGACGAAUGCACCGGCCCUCAGGACCCGCUUCCAGGAUGAGGAAGCGGGGGCACGAGCCGUUACCGCGCCGAACUCGCCGCCGCCUCCGUACUCCGAUCCGGACGCGGAUACGGCCCCUCGCGAAGACCAGCCGCUCCUUCGAGACCCCGGUGCUGCUGUCACCGAAGGCGAGACAUGGAAGCCACCCCCCGGUUUUACCUGGAUCGAGUUGGCCAUCAUGUCCAACGUCUUCCUGUACGGCUUCGACGGGACCAUCACGGCGGCAACGUACGCCGUCAUCAGCUCCGAGUUUGACGCUGCUAACACGGCAUCGUGGCUUACAACUUCGUACCUUGUUACCAGCACCGCUUUCCAGCCGCUGUACGGCAGGUUUUCAGACAUCUUUGGAAGGAGAAUAUGGUUCUUCGUCAGCAGCAUCACCUUCGGGUUGGGAUGUCUUGGAUGUGGAUUGGCGGGUGAUGUGGUCCUGUUGAAUAUCAUGCGUGCGUUGACAGGUUUCGGCGGUGGAGGUUUGAUGACAAUGGCCACGAUCGUCAACUCAGACAUGAUCCCCUUCCGUAAGAGAGGAAUGUACCAGGCCCUCCAGAAUGGCAUGUUCGGCUUCGGUGCAGUAGCAGGAGCUUCAUUCGGCGGCUCCAUCGCAGACCACAUUGGCUGGCGUUGGUGUUUCCUCCUGCAGGUCCCCAUCUCUGUUGCGGCACUCGUUCUUGGUUUCCUGGUCAUCAAGAACCCCGAGGGCGGCUUCAACAUCGACACAACUAACUUCAAAGCCGUCUGGUCACGCGUCGAUAUCUCUGGCGCGCUUCUCCUUGUGGUGGCCAUCUCCGUACAGCUUGUUGGGUUGAGCUUGGGCGGCAACGAGCUUCCCUGGAGCAGUCCCGUGGUCAUUGGGACUUUGGUGGGAAGUGUCCUGCUGCUUGCAUUGUUCUUGGUUGUGGAAGCGCGGACGAGGGCUAUUCCUGUCAUUCCGUUGAGGAUGCUUAGAGGACGACUCCCGGUGCUCACGCAAAUUUCAAAUGUCUGCGCUGGACUUGCGGCUUAUGCGUACCUGUUCAUGCUCCCUCUAUUCUUCCAGGUGGUGUUGCUCGACUCCGCAACGAAAGCCGGUGCUAGGCUCGCGAUUCCUUCCCUGGCUACGCCCCUCGGCGGUCUAGCUGCUGGUAUCGUCAUGUCCCGCUGGGGCAAGCUUGUCUGGCUUGUCCGCACCGGAGCUUUUCUGAUGCUCUUCGGUAACGCGCUGGUAACGGCUCUCAAGUUUGAGGACAGCAAGUGGAAAUAUGUAGUCUACAUCUUCCCGGCCAACCUCGGCCAGGGUAUUAUUUAUCCGGCCAUUCUCUUUACGACUUUGGCAUCGUUUGAUCACGCCGACCAUGCCGUGUCGGCUUCAACAGUGUACCUCGUCCGUUCUCUGGGCACCGUCUGGGGCGUUGCAAUCACCUCGGCCAUCGUCCAGACGACCCUGAGCGUUCGGUUGCCUGAUGCCCUGGGUGACGUUCCUGAUAAGUGGAGGCUCAUUGACGAAAUCCGGCACUCUGUUACGGCCCUUAAGACCCUUCCGGUGGAGGUUCGCCUCCCUGCCCGCAUGGUUUACUACGAGGGUAUCCGGUAUGCAUUUGCCGCAUCCACAGGCUUCGCAGCCAUUGCCUUGGUUGCGGCACUUUUCGCCAGCCCGCGUGGUCUUCGUAGCACUCACAAGUAA